GCCAGUGAAGAAAGACAGUCAGUGGUAAACCAUCAGAGUCUCAGCAUGAAAGUCUGUCACACUUUGAGCUGCUUCUUCUUCCUCUUCUCUCUGCAGGAUGGAAACACCGGUCUCGUCAGUGCCCAAGUCACUGUCUAUUCAGGAAUUGAAGGAGAAAAUGUCAGAGUUAAAUGCUCCUUUCCUUCUUAUAGAGGCAGGGAGUUCUUCUGUAAGGAACCAUGUGAACAAGAAGACAUUCUCAUUGAAACAACCGGUGCCACAGCUCAGAGUGGCAGAUACAGCAUUGAUUAUAAAGAUAGACGUCAUUUUGUGACCAUCUCUCAGCUGACCAAGUCUGACUCAGGACGCUACAGGUGUGGUGUGGGAUCAUCUUGGACACAGGCUUCAUACGAGUAUAUUGAAAUCAUUGUUGUUGAUGCAAAAGUUGUUGGUGGUCCUUCUGCAGAAAAAACAAUCGAUGCUAGAACUGGAGGAAGUAUUGUAGUUCAAUGCUCCUUUACUCGCUCUGGGACCGAGAUGUACUUCUGCAAGAAGGGAUGUGAAAGAGACAUUCUUGUUGGAACGACUUACGAUAUUUUGAAAAAAGACAGAUACAGCAUCAGAUAUCUUGAAGGAUCAAAAGAAGGAUUUGUGUAUGUGAGCAUUGAACAGCUGACCCAGUCUGACUCAGGAUGGUACAGGUGUGGUCUGAACAGAACUGACUCUAAUGAUCCAUACCAGAGAUUUAAGCUCAUCGUCACUGAUGAAACAUCAAACCAAAGUGAAAGCUCCACAUCUUCACCAGCUUCCCCUAAAACCACAGAGCAACCUGAAUCAACAACUACAGGUGUGAUCCUGUAUGUGCGUCUGACUCUGGUCGUCCUGGUCAUCGUGUCAUCACUGUCUGUGCUGGUAUUCUGCAGGAAGAGUAUUUUUAUAGCCAUAAGUGAGGAACCAGAACCUCAUGUGGAAACACAAAAUGCUUCUGCACCAGAGGCUGAAGACGACCCGAGUCAACCCACCUACGUCAACGUGGGCUCGUCCCAAAGCGGUUCCCACGGUGACGCUGAGCGUGUUAUCUACUCUGUUCCUCUACCGGAAGCUAGCUCUGAUGAGCCCCCUCUGUAAUCUACUGUUAACAACCCCCAAUAACUCUCACAGUCUGGCAGAAGAAUGUGUGAAUUAAGCAGCCAUGUAAAUAUUCUGAAACAGAGAAAUGUUUGUGGGAAUAUGUACGAUUAUUUAACCAUUUACUUAUUUCAAACCUGCUUUGAAUGACCUGCUCAUGUGAUGAUAAGUCCAGCUCUGCUCGAGUUCACAAACGUGCCGCUUCAACAGUUUGCUUCAGGUCAAAGCUGGUUGCACUUAUUGUCAGUCCCUUUGGAUAAAAGCGUCAGCUAAAUGAUAUGUAGUUUAAUGUAAAAAGCUCUUUUAUGGCUUCAAUGUAUUUAUUAAGUUGAUUUUAUUACAAGUUAUAUGGUAUUAAAGUUAUUUGUGUAAGAUAAACUGUUCUAGUAAAGUUAGCAGAUUAGCAUUAGGUAUUUUGCCUCAAAUUGCGGUUGACUAUUUUGGUGAAAGACUUGAUUUACAGAAAUGUUUAAUUAUAUCGGAAUAUAAAUAAAUAGAUAUGAAACUAUAUUACUUCAACCAGGUGAUGUGGUCAGUACGGGAUACAAGAUGCCACUCACACAUAUGUUUAAUCCUUAUAACUUGUUUGUAUUGUUUUAUACUGUACAUAUAUAUUUGGACUUGUACCAUUUUUAUGGAGCUUUAUUUUUUAUAUUGUAUUUCAUAUUCGACCUCUUGCUGCUCUGUACUCUGGAUAAUUUCCUCGGGAUAAAAAUAAAACAUUUC